AUGAUAGUAGAAACUUCUCCUAUUAAUUUGUAUAUAGCUGUUGGAUGUCUUUUUGUUUUAUUUAUUCUAAUUCUUAUUGGUAUAUUUAAGUUUAUAAAUGAUGGAAAAAAAAUUAAAGAAAGGGAAAAUGAGGUAGAUAUGUUAAUAAGAGGUGUUGAAAGGCAACAGGUAAGAAAUGCUCCUGGUUUGAGAAGAAGAAUGAAUGUAAGAAGAGAUUCAGAGGAUGAUGAUAUCGAUGAUGAUAAUAAUAUGGAUGAAAACUAUUCAGAUGAUGAUGGAGAGAUUAACUUUUCAAAAAUGGGGAAAAAAAAAGCCGCAAAGAUGCAAGCAAAAUUAGAAAGAAAACGCCAAAAAGAAUAUGAAGCAAGAGAACGUGAAGAGAGGAAAAGACAACAACUAUUAAAAGAACAAAAAGAUGAAGAAAUUAAAGCUAGAGAAGAAGCUGCAGAAAAGGAACGUGAAGAAAAAGAACAAAAAGAAAAAGAAGAAAGGGAAAAACGUGAGUAUGAAGAAUAUUUAAAGAUGAAAGAAGCAUUUAAUAUUGAGGAAGAAGGUGUUAAUGAAUUAGAUGAGGAUGCAUCAAAAAAUUUAAAAGAAGAAUUUAUAAAUUAUAUAAAAGAAGCCAAAGUUGUUAAUUUAGAUGAGGUUGCUUCAAAGUUUAAUCUUUCUGUGUCUGAUGUUAGCAAUCGUCUAACAGUUUUCCUCGAUGAUGGUAGUAUAUCAGGUGUUAUCGACGACCGUGGGAAAUUUAUUUACAUUACUGAAGAAGAAUGGAAGAGUGUAGCACAAUUUAUUAAUUGUAGAGGACGAGUUAGUUUACAAGAAAUAGUUGAUUCUUCAAACAGGUUAAUUUCCUUGGAAUCCAAAGUACCAUUGAACAAUGAAAUAUGUAUUAAUUUAUAA